AUGAUGCUCAAUACUACCAUCCUCGCCGUACAUCUCCUGCUAGCCAGCACGCUCGCGGCGCCACCCCAUGACGCACUCAAUUUAGAUGCAGCGGCACUGACACCGCCAGCAGUUUCCACGCUUACCACCACCGUUGUCAGCAUUGGGGAUGGAACAGCGGAGCCAGAUGUCCUAGAGAAUGAAGAGGGUGUUACUACGGUUACGACUACAAUCACAUCUACAGCAACAUUCCCAGCUCCACCCCCAGCCCCGUCCAGCCCUCCGUCAACCAUAUCCAGACACCUCCCAGUCCUAACCUCAUUCUACAGCGCCAUCCCCGACCCUCCCACACCCCUAACCCUCCAACCAAGCGCAAACGGCACGAUGGCUAGGAGCUUCAACUGGCCCACAAGCUAUUCCAUCACUCCCACUACCACCUAUAACAACGGUUCACUCCCACCAGCGACAAUAUCACUUGCAGCUUCAUCUCUUUUCACCGUGUCCGCCUUCCGUGCCACUUCCAUGCCACCGCUGGAAUCCACCUCUGCACCCCUUGUGAAUGCUAGUCUACCCGCCACAGCGUUGGAAUCGACAACGCCAACGUCUGCGAGGAGGGUGGCGGAUGUGGAGGCGGUGGCAUGGGCGGGCAUGGAUGGGGCAUUGCAGUGGGAGGAGAGACGGAGGCUUGAGAGGGGUGAGCGGAGGGGAUAA